ACAGCGAAGUCAUAUAACUGUAAAGGGAUUCCAAAAUGUACGUUCCAUUUAUCGAUUUUCCUUAAGAUCUUUGUUCAUCUCCAUUCUUCUUUGUCUAAUGUCGCGGCGACCAACAAUUGAUUACCGGAUGAUUUAUAGUUAUGAAUUCCAUUUAAAAAAUAAGCAUCUACUUAAAGAGUUACAAUUUAGAACUUUCGUGAACCUGUUAACAUACACGUUGGACGCAGUUUACAAUUGACGAUCGCGAACCAGGACUCAACGAAAGUGCGCUGUAAAUUCUGAAAUGCAGGCUUACAACAGGGAACACCCAUACUAUUACAGCUAUCUACAAUGCUUCUGCCAGCCUACAGCCCUCAGCUAUCCGCCACAAAGCCAUCAGUACCAGCCGCACUUUCGACCCCACUUCGAAAGCCAGUUGCAGAAGCCAUUUCAGUCAUCUUUCUCUAUCGAGUCGCUUCUUGGAGGCGAGAAGACGUCAGAGGUAAGCAUGCCUUCCUUAGCCAGCACUGCCUCCUACAUCAAAAAAACAGACCCCUCUGUUGAAGCUAAACUUAAAGGGCUCGUGGAACGGAGGCGAAACAACAGCUCAAAAGUAUCGGACAGCUUCGAUAAUCGAGAAAAAUCAACAGCGAUGACAGAGGUGCGGAAAGCAGAACUUUUCGCUGGUGAACCAGCAAGUACCACACAAGAAAAGAAAAAGGGUUUAGUGGGCACUCACUUCAAAAGAAAGCGACCCCGUACGAUGUUUACCUUAUAUCAACUCGAGAGGAUGGAGGGAGAAUUCCUGCGCCGUCAGUACAUCACGGGUAAUCAGCGGUUGCAACUGGCCAGCGAGCUUCAGUUGAGUGAGACGCAGGUCCGAGUUUGGUUCCAGAACAGACGGAUUAAAUGGCGCAAAGAUGUGAUGAAGAGGCAGUUUGAUAGCUACUAGGAUCUAUGCAGAAUAAAAUAAAUCUAAUAUAAAGAGAAAUAAAAUAAAA